CGCUGCCACGCCUCUACUUUCUUUUGCUCUCCGCCGCGGAGCCGAGCGCAGCAAUGAGCAGUGACACGCGCAGGCGGGAUCAUGCCGCCGUGGCAGUGCGGGAGGUCCUCGCCGGCGACAGGAAGGUGGGCACCGUGUCCCGGUCGGCAAGGCGGCGCAGGCUGGAGCUCCGGAGGCUCGGCCGGACGUUGUCGGCGGCGGCAGAGGAUGAGGCCGCGAAGAGGGUGCGGCCGGCGUCGGACAGCUCCUCCGACUCGUCGGACUCAGCUAAGGUAGCGCCCGAGCCCACCUCGGCGGCGAAGAGGUGCCCGUCGUGCGUCUCGCACGGGGCGGUGUCGGUGAUCGGGCGCCGGAGGGAGAUGGAGGACGCUAUCUACGUCGCGGCCCCGUUCUUGGCCGCCGCGAAGGCGGCGGUGGAGAGGAGUGGCGAUACGGAAGAGGAUGAGAAGGAGGGGGAGGAGGAGGAGGGGUUCUUCGCGGUGUACGACGGGCACGGCGGGUCCCGCGUGGCUGAGGCGUGCCGGGAGCGGAUGCACGUGGUGCUCGCGGAGGAGGUGCGGCUGCGGAGGCUGCUGCACGGCGGCGACGACGCCGACGUCGCGGACGAGGACCGCGCCCGUUGGAAAGAGGCCAUGGCGGCCUGCUUCGCCCGUGUGGACAGCGAGGUCGGCGGCGCCGAGGAAUCCGACGCCGGCGAGCAGACGGUGGGCUCCACCGCUGUCGUGGCCGUCGUGGGCCCCCGCCGCAUCGUCGUCGCCAACUGCGGCGACUCCCGCGCCGUCCUCUCCCGCGGCGGCGUGGCCGUGCCGCUCUCCUCCGACCACAAGCCAGACAGACCUGACGAAAUGGAGAGAGUAGAAGCAGCAGGUGGCAGGGUCAUCAAUUGGAAUGGAUAUCGUAUCCUUGGGGUCCUUGCUACUUCAAGGUCAAUUGGAGACUAUUACCUCAAGCCCUAUGUGAUAGCAGAGCCUGAGGUCACCGUCAUGGACAGGACGGACAAGGACGAGUUCCUCAUAUUGGCCAGCGACGGGCUGUGGGACGUGGUAUCCAACGAAGUGGCCUGCAAGAUUGCGAGAAAUUGCUUAAGCGGGCGGGCGGCUUCCAGGUACCCAGAGUCCGUGCCCGGGAGCACCGCUGCCGAUGCCGCCGCGCUGCUGGUCGAGCUCGCCAUCUCUCGUGGCAGCAAGGACAACAUCAGUGUUGUCGUCGUCGAGCUGAGACGGCUGAAGAGUAGGAGGACGACGGCGAGCAAAGAGAACGCCAGGUAGCAUAGCAUGUAGAAGUGGGAGCGGCUGUCGCAGUACUCGAGGCAUGGCGCGCGCGAGAGAGAGAGGGGGGAAGAAACUAGAGAAUUUGCAGCUGAGUUUGCUGGGAUGUUGUAAAGAAAGGCUCAGGAUUCAGUCGCUAGAGUUUGAGCUGCGCCGGUGUUGGGACCGUUUGAGAGUACUGCGCGUGCGCUAUUUGUAGCUGAGAUGAUAUAUUGCGUUGCGUUCCGUUCUUUAGUUCAGCUGACAUUUCGGCCGAAGCAGCACAAAGCAUGAGCUGCUCUCGUCUGUUCUGAUCUUUGGUUGGUU